GCUCCUACUAGUGGCUGUGCGCUUGCUCCUGCCCGCACCUGAUUAGGUUGCAGCAUUUCGAGCCCGUCAUAAUCAUAACAGCACAUAACAGCACCCUUCUCCUGAUCUCGCAUUUGACAGACACUGGGCUCGAAUCAUAACCCUGAUACCGAAAUUACACACAGUACUCUCACUUCCCCGAUUCCAUCUUGACCGAUUGCGCUGUUGUCAAGCGACCACCCAUACCAACAGCGCCGCGCCCCGUUGCCAACCUAGCCUGAGCUACCAACCACGGCUUCUCAUUUCGAAGGGUAGCAAAGUCUGGCGGAGAUACUGCAGAGGUCCUAUCAAGAGUUCAUAUCGACCCCGGCAGUUGGUGGAGAUAGCUCAAGAUCAUGUUUCGCGCACAGCAAAAUGCCUUUGACGACGCCGUCGCCAAGGCGACGGAUGAGAACCUGACCUCGGAGAACUGGGAAUUUAUUCUGGAUGUUUGCGAUAAAGUUAAUAAUGAAGAUUCAGGGGCCAAAGAUGCGGUUGCGGCUUUGAUCAAGAGGCUUGCGCAUCGCAACGCCAAUGUACAGCUUUAUACACUCGAGUUGGCGAAUGCCCUGGCGCAAAACUGUGGACUAAAGAUACACCGCGAGCUGGCUUCACGAAGCUUUACAGAAGCUUUGUUGCGUUUAGCGAACGACCGAAACACACACCAGCAAGUGAAGUCGAAAAUACUAGAGGGCAUGGAAGAAUGGACCGAAAUGUUCUCUAGCAGCCCCGACUUUGGCAUCAUGGAGCAAGCUUAUAUGAAACUGAAAACCACAAACCCGAAUAUACAGGCCCCUUCGAAACCAACAAAGCGUCAAAUCACGGAACUUGACCGACAAAAGGAAGAGGAGGAGCUUCAAAUGGCCCUUGCCUUAUCGAUCAAAGACAAACCAACGAUCGAGUCAAGUGUCACAGCCGGUCCCAGCUCUGCUGCUGCAGCUUCAGCUACCAAUCAGUCACAAUCAGUCGCCGAACCAGCUCAGUCGGUUUCUCAGGGCAUCCCACCUGGAACAACAGCAGCGACGGUUUCAAGAGUCAGAGCCCUGUUCGAUUUCCAACCUUCUGAACCAGGGGAGCUUCAGUUUAGGAAAGGCGAUGUUAUUGCCGUGUUGGAGUCAGUAUACAAAGACUGGUGGAAAGGCUCCCUACGCGGCCAAACGGGAAUUUUUCCUUUGAACUACGUUGAGAAGCUUCCCGAUCCAACGCCAGAAGACUUACAGCGUGAAGCACACAUGGAAGCGGAAGUGUUUGGACAGAUCAAAAAUGUAGAGAAGCUUUUGACGUUGCUUAGUACUAGCAGCUCCGAGUUGAAUGUUCAAGAUAACGAAGAAAUUACGACCCUCUACCACUCUACUUUAGCCAUCCGGCCAAAGCUGAUCGAGCUUAUCGGCAAAUAUUCUCAAAAGAAAGAUGAAUUUACGCAGCUUAAUGAAAAGUUUAUUAAAGCACGACGAGAUUACGAAUCCCUGCUUGAGGCUUCAAUGUCUCACCCAGCUCAACCCCAGUAUGGUCGACCACCUCAACAGGCUUAUGGUUAUCCACCAGGAGGAGCACCGCCAGGGUAUCCUCCAAGCCAUCCAACCCCUGCACCAGUCGAUCCUCAACAGUACUACAACGCUCGACCACAAGAAUCUCAAACCCCUCAACCCACCCAACUCAAUGGUCCAGGUUAUUAUUCUGGGGAGCCUGCACACCCUUACCCGCAGACUUCCCAAUCCCCUGAUCCACGCAACCAGACACCAACAGGCAACCGGCCUUUUCAGCAACAGCAACAACCACAGCCACAGUCACAACCCCCAGAUUCUUACCAGCCUGUGCAUCACCGUCCCCAGUCAACUUACGAACACCCUCAAGAGCUAGGAACAUCCGUAUACGAUUCACCUCUGGAACAACGUUAUUCAUAUGCUCCAGCUGGCGUGCCUCCACAGCAAGCUCCACAAGGACAAGUGCAGCCUUUCCAGCAACAACCACAACCAGGCAACGAACCAUCUCCAUCAGUAUAUUCUCCAGACGACCAACGCCCUGGUGCGCACCAGUUCCCACCCUCACAGCCUCAGCAACACGCUCCACAACCACCAUAUCCCACCGCAGCAGCAACACAUCAACCACCACCAACCCAGCAGCCACCCGUCAUCCCCUCAACCAGCCCUCAAUCUACACCGUAUCCAACACUAAACGCAGGACAACCAAGUCCUGGAUAUAACGCUUACCAGCCACCACACGCCAACUCGGUAAAUUCAAACCCAGCCUCAUUUUACCGAUGAAACCAUCCCAAAACACAACCACGACAAUGAUUACUGUGUAUCUGUUAUUUCCAUCCAGCAAAGCUAGCCCGUGCUUGAAUCGAGACCUGCACUUUUCCACCUUGUUUGCUUAUCUUGGGAUGUGCUGAGUGAGCAUCGUGCAUGCAUUUUUAUGUUAGGGAAGCUAUUAUUUUCAUUUCAUGAAAGUUUAGUAGUCAUCUAUUAUGAUAUUCUUUUCUCCUUUUUAUUUGUAUGUUGGUUUGUUUUAGGUUGUUGGUUGGGUGACAUGGCAGAUAUUUGUCCCUGGCUGUUUCUGUCGUUUUUUAAUGUUGUUGGUUGUUGGUUGUUUGCAAGCGAUGUAGUUAAAGACAAAACAAUCGACUCCUGUGAAGCGAAUAUAUACCAGUUGAACAAAGCCAGCGUCAGGUUAAUGCUGAAAAUGAGUACAAGCAAUCCAUAUCAUGAAG